AUGUUCUCCUGCCAAUCGUACUAUGCCAAGGGUUGUACACAUAUGUCUAAUUACCUCACCAUAGCCGCAGGACUAUUUCAACUGGCUUUCGGCAGGUUGGACAUCCGUCCUUUAGAAGGGGGGAGUCGCGUACCCAACAGGCUUUUGACAAAGGUGAUGCCAGCGGAGCAUUACUGCGUCAAAUCAAGUAGAAUUCUACUAGGCCGAUAUCAGCUAACUGAUACGAGUGGCCAACAAUGGUCAUUAGACGCGGAGAUAUUGCCUCACGGUUGGCCUGCUAUUGGAGCUCGGCCAGUUGUGUGUCAGUAA